AUGAAGGUUCUUGCUGCUGUUGUCUCCGCUGCCUCUGCGGUCGAGGUUGCGAACGAUGCCUGGACCCAAGUUGCCGCUGCUUACGGCGAUCUCUACGACGCUGUCUACGCCGCAUACGUUGAUAGAAAUUUCCGUGAUCACAAUGCUAGGAAGAAGGCCAAUCGACUUCGCGACUUCUACAACAAAGUCGAAAACUUCCCCGGCCGCGUCUCGGAUUCCUGCGUCGAAUUUGCCGGCUCCGGUGACCCCGACGCUUUUGUCCCUCCCUACUACGACAGCCCGGAUUACGGUGCACCCGGCGACCGAACUUUUCUUCUCAUGCGAGAGCCAAAUGGCAACAGAAUUCACUUUGUAGUCAAUCAUCCAACCAAUUCUCCGUCUUGGGCUCAUCAAAUAUAUACGGAUAUCGUCUGCACUGACGGUCAAUGGAGCACCUACACAGUCGAAGUCACGGAUGCUGGUAACGGAAAUGUCAACUACGUCGCAAGUGUCGACGGGAGCACCGUUAUGUCGGGAAGCUACGCCGCGGGGGGAUCGAAAUCCACCGGCGAUCUGACAGCACACGUCGCUGACAAUUACCAAGUAGGCCCCGCCUCUGCCUACAGAGUCCGAAACUUCUUUUACCAAACUCUUUAA